GACAUAUUUUUGUCAAAAAUAGAAUUACGAUACAACAACUGUUCUUCUGUGUUUACUGACUUCAAGACAGAAUUAGACCAGAUAAUAAGAAUUAAGAUCUCUAAAUUAGAUCUACAAACUAGUAGUCAAACUAGAUUUACUAGAAUGAUUUCUUCAACAAACUCUACUGUUGUUCUUGUUUUACUUAUUAUACUGGUAAUGCAAACUGUUGUUUAUGGAUCACUUUCCGAUGUGACUACUGAAGUUUUUGAUAAACAACCACUUGGUAUCAUUUCUGCUUUUGGGGAUCUUGAUGCAAACAAAGCUACAGACUUUUUUGUUUUAUCUCCAGAUGGCAAGUCAGUUUACGUACUAGAAGCUGAUAUUGACAUUAGACGGGAUGGUACAAAAUUUAAUAACAGACCAUUCAUUAAUGGUAAUAAAAAUGACUUGGUUAUCACAAGUAUUGUUCCUGGGGAUUUUAACAGAGACUCCCAGUUGGAUGUACUAAUUAUGAGGACAUCUGAAGUAGGUGGAACUGCUGUUACAGUAGAAAUCCAUGAUGGAAAGGACACUUCAGGACAGCCAUUUUUAAAAAUCAAUGAAACUUUCAGAGACCAACCAGUCGUCAUAGAUGGUGAUGGAGAUAUGGUGCCUGACUUGUUUGGUGAAACUGUAGAUGGUAAAAGAGCUCUGUGGACAUUUAAGGAUAACAAGACUUACAGUGUUUUCUAUUACCAAGAAAAUAACACAACUUAUUUACCUCCCCUUAAAAUACCACAAGCAAGUGCCUUCCUUGAUUUAAAUGGUGAUCUGUUUGCAGAUCUUUGUGUUGUUUCAGAAGUUAAUAAAGUUGUUUCAUUUGAGUUUUGGCUUAAUGAAAUGGGAAACUUGACUUACACAGAAAGUGUACAGGCUCCUGAUGAUUUGAAAGUUGUUGGUCAAGCCUCAUUUGUUGAUUUAAAUGGGAAUCAUGAAAUCAAUAUAGUGUUGCCUGGAUGUUUGGAUGAACAGUGUACACAGAGUGUUGUCUAUGUGUGGUCACACAACAAGACAUCUAACAAAGCUACUGAAGGCAGCUGGUUCAAGCUAGAUGUGAACUUUAAAGUGGAUAAUGACAGAGUGACUUCUUUUUCCACAACAAAUCCAUUUCCAUGGCUGUCCUUACCAAUAGCUCUGAGGUUUGGAGACUUCAAUCUUGAUGGGUUUCCUGAUGCAGUGGCAGUGAUGUCUGAUUCCAAAAAUCAAAAUAACAAAUCAGCAUUUAUCAUCUACAAUGAAGAAUGUAGGACAUCAUGUGAACAUUUCUCAAGGUCUCUGUCUAUUGACUACAAACACCCACUUGAGAAGUAUAAUCCUGUUGUGGUGGCUUUUUAUGACCUAUUAGAAAAUGGUGUAUUAGAUAUUCUCCUAACAGAAAUUAAAGAUGGGACAUUAGUUAUCAGAGCUAUAGAACAAGACUUCACUGGGGAUGCCAGUUUUCUAAAAGUGUUAGUCGUAAGUGGGCUGUGUCAAGAUAACUGUCCUAAUGGACAUUCACCAUAUGGUGUGAAUCAGGUAGGACCUACUGCAAAAUUUGUCAGUACAACACCAACAGGAGAUGACCAGAUUGGAGUAGCUUCUCAAUUGUGUCAGUCUGCAUACUUUUCACUGCAGCUCCCCUUUAUCUUAUUUGGUCUUGGCCAGACUCCAAAUUUUGUUGAUGACCUACAAAUUGGUAUUCCGUAUCCACCAAACAAGAGUCCAAGAAAACAUUCCUGGUCAACUAUUAUUCCCAAUUCGCAAGUCAUUGUUUUACCUUACCCUGUAGAUAACCCAAACAGCUGGAAACAUGAACUGUAUGUUACACCAAGUCGACUUGUAUUGUUGACUGGAGCCUCCCUGCUAGGAACAUGUGCCUUUAUUGCUGCCAUUGUUGGCUUGCUACAAUGGCGAGAACGGAUUGAAGACAAGAAAGAAAAGCUCCAAGAGGCUCAACGAUUCCAUUUUGAUGCCAUGUAACCUGCAUUUCUUUAAUCCAUUGCUUUUUUAUUUAUUUAUUUUUUACAUUCUUUUCUUACCAUGCUGCCUGUUUUACCUAGCAUUUACACAAUGUAUUAAAAGACUGAAACUUGUGUAUUAUUAUAUUAGACCAGUGUGUUACAUUAGGCCAAUCUGGGAAAUUGGAAUCCUACAUUAACUAACCAGGCAAGCAAGUUUAAGCCGAUCUCAUUAACUGUAUCCUACCAACUGUGCCCCAUGAGUAUACUGCUAAAGCCAUGUUAAAAUAAAUUGAGAAAGGUUAAUCAAGAAAAUGUACACAGUUUAAUUAUGAUUGAUAGCGAUAAUCUGAGAGAAAAUAGUAUUGUAGUAUUUAAUAGUUAUAAAAUAGGGUUUAUAUAAUUAAGAAAAGCCAUUUUUAGCAGAUAAAAAUGUAAGUGAGAAUAUUAGGAUUGGUUUGAUGUAUAAAAUAAAGUAUUAUUUUUACAUCGCUAAUAUUUUUUUUAGAUCUGACUUUGUCAUAUUGUUAUUUAUUGUUUGUGGGUAGUGUCACUCUUCUGUCACUCAGUGAACAUCAGUUUGGACAUAUGUAAAAGCCUGUCUUCCGUAAUAUUAAUGUUUCAGUUUUAAUGUGUUUGUUCACUGUAAAAUAUCUCUUUUAGUAUUUGGGUAAUGUCUGUUUUUAAGAACUACAUAUGAGAUCAUAAUUUUAUGAUGUCACAACAAUUUCUUUGUGUACUAUAAUUAAAUUAUUUAAAAGAUUUUUUACUAAGUUUUGCCUGUUUAUGUUAAUAAAUUUGAUUUUUAAUCAUUCCUUUGGUGCAAUAAACUAACAUGUGAUUAUUC